AUGGCAGAGUCGAUUGGCUUUGUUCAACCGCGAGAGCCAGAGUCUCCACUCACAGUAGCAGCACGCACAUUGCCAGCCUGGUGUUUGCCGCAACUCGAUCGUGUUCGCUCUCUCCUGAAAAGAGGCAGCGCAUCUUGGCCCCGAGAAAGAAGCGUUAAAAAUAGGACGUUCUGUGACCGCAAGACUCCCCUUUGGAGCACUCAGGACGUUUCUCGUCACUACGUGGAAUUGCCUGCGUCAGCUGAAAAAGAUCCCACAAAGACCAGUUCGACAGCCGCCCCUGAGGCGCACUCCAGAGACAGCGGGUCCCGCACCCUGAAACACGCAUCUGGAAGCUGCGGUGAAUAUACCACUGCCAGCCGUGAAGAGCAACGACUUGCCGAGGGCGGCAGAACCGACAAGGAUCUCAAACGCGAGCGCAGUGACACAUGGAAAAACAAACCGGUUUCUUCUCUCCGCUCCUCGCUGCUGCAAAAGCGUCCGCCAGCAUGCCCUGGAUCGCUGGAGUGGGGUCGCGAGCCCCGGUUCGGACCAUAUGGCACCCGCUCCCUGAUUUCCUCAGAGUCACUCUGGAAACCUUUCGAAGAACGAGAGAAAUGGCGGGAAGGGUGGGGAGCCUUGGAGCUCUUCGAAAGAGGAACUGGAGACGGGGCGAAAGCGGAAGAGACACCCCAGAAAGAGACAGCCGCAGACUUCCUUCCAGCGCGCUUCUCGUUCCCCGAUUUCUUGCCACAGAGCUCAGACGCGACGUUCUUCGCCCUCAGCAGUAGCGACAGUAUCUCCUGGACAGAAGCGAGUGAGCGGGAAGGAGAGGAAGCAUGCAGUCUGAGACGAGGGAGAACUCGAAAGAAAGGGAGCAAACGAUGGAGCCUUUUUGGCAGUUCUUCAGGUCGCGGAAGACACCAAGACUGCGGCGGGACCUCUCCGUCACGAGCGAAAGAAAAACAUGGCGGUGCUCGACGAACACGAAAAGGCCGCGCCAGUUCGGCUCCGUAUGUACACCCCAUUCGAACCGGGGAGACACCUGUACCGAGUCCUCUAACGCGAACAGCAAUCCUCUUGGGUCUCCCCACUUCUCAUCACUGGACUGCCUCUUCUCCCGAGAGUCACAGCCUGAGUCUGCGGCGAAGAGAAACCAGGACGGAAAACAGUGCCAAGGGCGCGUCUACCGGGGCGGAGAGGCCGCGAAUACGAAACACUGCGGGUACGAAGAAGUCGAGAUCAGGGGCAGCGGGGGACAGGAGAAAACAGGAAAGCACGCAAAACGCGCGACAAGGCCAACCGCAAGCGGCGCCGAGUCCCGUGGCUGGAAGGCUUGCGCCGAGUCGGGGAGCGGACAACAAAGACAGAGAGAAGAAUUUCAGAAAAGGUGGAGAAAAACGGUCAAACACAUACAGGCAAGAAGUGCCAGAGAGACCUAGGACGUCUCCGUCGCCGAGACGCCUGUCUCUGAGUAGCCGGCGAGACGCCCGAGUCGAGAAGACACACGACGGAGCAACGAGAAGGACCAAGCCUACCCCAGACGCGGUGAAUCCAAGCGAAACGAGAGAGGCAACGAAUCCUACAGUCUGCGAGAAGGCCGCAUGGGCACCGCGAGCGAAAGCCCCAAACGGCCGAGAGAGCCUUGGUGGGCCGGCGCUGUCCCCCUCUCUCUCCUUCUCUGCUUUCUCGUUUUCUCCGAUUCACUGCCUUUCUGAGACCCCACAUCGAGAGAGAGGCGAAGGAAACGCUGCUGAGGGGAAGGCGCCUCUCACUGCAGACAGGGAGGGAGAGCACACUGGAAUGGAAAAAAGGAGGAAGACGAGAGAGGGAGAAGUCGUCGAUUCGACAUUCACACGCGACACUCGAACAGUGGCAGGCGAGACAACCCCGAAGCUGCCUGGAAGGAGACUAACCUCUUCAGAAAGAGAGACGAGGAAAGUGCACAGCGAAAGGCUGGACUUCACUGAACGGGCGAGGAAGAAAGACAACGAUCAGAAGAAGGAGAAGAAAGAGAAGAAAGACAACGAUCAGAAGAAGGAGAAGAAAGAGAAGAAAGACAACGAACAGAAGAAGGAGAAGAAAGAGAAGAAAGACAACGAUCAGAAGAAGGAGAAGAAAGAGAAGAAAGACAACGAUCAGAAGAAGGAGAAGAAAGAGAAGACAGACAACGAACAGAAGAAGGAGAAGAAAGAGAAGAAAGAGAAGAAAGACAACGAUCAGAAGAAGGAGAAGAAAGAGAAGAAAGACAACGAACAGAAGAAGGAGAAGAAAGAGAAGAAAGAGAAGGAAGACAAUGAACAGAAGACGGAGAAGAAAGAGAAGGAAGAGAGGGGCGAAAAAGAAGAGCAAAACUGUCUUUCGCCUUUCCCUGGUCGUUCUUGCGCUUCUCCUGGGAUCUGUACGACUUCUGUCCUCCAAGCCGCGGAUACCCGAUCUUCUCGCCGCGCUGCCGCUCCGCGGGUCUCCACCCAUGCGGCCGCCACACCUCCUGUCGGUUCCUGCCCUUCCAGGCUUCCCCAGCUGUCUCCCUCAGCCGGAGAUGCAACUGGCGACAUGCAUGCAGGCAACGCAAGAGAGGCAGCACCUCUCGCUGCUCGCGAAGGCCCUCCGGUGUCUGUACACCGUCGCGCGAGCGACGCCGGGGAAGGAAGAGGCGCGCCAAGAGUGAAAACGAGAUGCAGGCGGAAGGCGGGAGAGACGCAAGUGCAGGCGACAUGGUCUCGGACUUGCGAGCAGAAGGAAAUGGAGGAAAACGCGGAAGCACCGGAGCCGGAGAGAAGUCCCAUAACGGUCGAGGUGGGGAGGCCUCUGGACGAGGAAGGAAGAGACGAGCCGCACCCCGCCGACGACCCAGAAGAACUCAAAAAACGAAAAGAACUCAGCGAAGCGCAGAGCAUGUCUGCCAAGGGAGAAAAAAACGAAACAGUGACAACUGGGGCGGAAGUCACGCAGACAGGAGACGCCGGCGUCACAGCUUCCGGGUCUUCCUACGGUCUCUGUUCAAGGAGCGAGCACCCGAUCACAGCGGGAGACCUGUCAGAGAGGAAAGGAGCAAAUGCAAGCGCUGCAGCACCAUAUGCACCAUGCGUUGCUCCAGUCUCCAAGUUUCCUUGUUCGUCUUCUGCCUGCGUCGGAGCGCAGACAAACGCAGCAGACUCUUGGCGUCCGAAACACAGCGAUGGACAGUGCAACAGGGACAACACCCGCCGCAGCGGUUGUCCAGACACCCUUGCUGAGGCAGCAGAAUCCACGAGAAAAGAACCCCUGUUUGGAGUUUCAGAAAAAAAGUUACAUAUGGAGCGUUCCGCAGGUAUCUCGAGGAACGCCGCUCUCUCUGCCUUCCACUCGACAACGCUAUCAGGGUCUCCUUUCUGCCAGAGCUGCGCCUGCUCGGCCGCUCUUUCUUCUCCCCACAGAGCACCUGAAUCCUGUAAAACUCAUUUCCAUCAAGAGUCACAUGCUUCCUCUUUGUCUCCUUCCUCGUCCGCCUCGGCUGCCUCUUCGUCUUCUUUCCGCUCCUGUUCUUCCUCUUCUUCUUCUUCGUCUGCCGCCUGCUCCUGUUCUUCCUCUUCUUCUUCUUCGUCUGCCGCCUGCUCCUGUUCUUCCUCUUCUUCUUCGUCGAAUGUUGCCCCAGGGAUAAACACCGCGCCAGUUGUUUCUGUGUACCCGAGAGACUCCGCAUGUGAAUUGAAGAGUGCUCUGGAGCCGCCAGUCACUGGUGCAUUUGUUAAGAAAGGAGGGAGACUUGUCUCUUGUUGCUGCGACACUGUCUUACGUUCUCAGUGCGCUUGUCGUUCCGCAGCCUGUUUGUCUGCGUCUCCCUCUGUUCCCAUUGUCUCCUCUGACUUGCCUUCUUCUUCGUCACUGGCUGCGAGCCUUGCGGACUCUGCCACAGCGAAGCCUGUAUACUCUCUGGGACGUCGCGGAGCGACACCCGCUGCUGGCGUCGGCUGUCGCAUGCAGCGAAGAGCCUUUUCGCCCUACCGGAGUUCUUCGUCUUCUUCGACAGCUUGUUCUCCUUCUUCUUUCGGCCCAUCUUGUUCCUCCUCCCAAGUGCUUUCAGGCGGUUCCCGUUUGCCCUCGUUCGGAGACGAGAGCGCGCCUCAGCUCACGGGGGCCUCAGGCGGUUCGGGUGUACGUACACCGGCAACGCCUGUGGGCAGGCAAGGAGUACGGAAGCUUGCUGGCAGUUCUCUAGCGAAGGAGAGAGAGACACAAGGACCAGAGAAAGAGUUUGGGGGACCAGGCAUUGAGGAAAUCGUUGUUGGGAAGAUGAGACGGGAGUGCAGGCAAGACGCCGGACAAGGAGACAGAGAGCAAGGGGGAGACAGAGAGCAAGGGGGAGACAGAGAGCAAGGGGGAGACAGCGAAAGAGAGAACGGACAUGACAGCGACGGCUCGAGACUCAGAGCACCGCGUCCCUCCCUGGAUCCGGCGAAGGAGCAAGAGCAGCUCGUUCGCCAACUGCUGUGGGAAGCCCAAACAAGUCUCCUUCUCGUGUCGGAGCUUUGUGGGUUAUCGAAGCACGAGUCAGUUUCUCGUCUGAACCGUCGAAAAGGAGGUCGCCUUCGCGCGGCGCCCCCGUCGCAGUUGUCUGGACGCGGCGCCGAGGCCGCGGAAACAGUGUCUAGACACCGCAGUGCGCCCAAUCGUGGGGAGGCAGGCACACACCAAGACGAACAGAGAGAAGAACGCGGAGAGAAGGAGAAAGACCUCGCCAGAAGGGAUGACGGAACGGAAUCACGAACGCAACGCGGCGAAGAGGCAGGAGAGCAGAAACGGAACACCGGUGAAGGCGGAACCUACACGCAGGAGGGUGGACAAGUUUCUCCUCCGACCUCUUGCCCACGCGCAAAAGUCAGGCAGGGACUCCGAGAGAACGAGAACGCGCACUACCCCGAAUCGGCGCGGACUGACGAAGGACACCGUGAAGGACAUGGGAGGAAAGAUGGAUACGAGAGAGAAGAAACAAGACAGCCUAGGACACUAGACUCAGAGAGCGAGGGGACGCACCGCAGAUCUCCCCCCGAUUCGAGUGUCUGUACAGACAUUUCGUUCUCUCCACGAAGCGCCGGUCACCCUCUCCGCCGCCCUCUUUGUGUGGAGAGGCGCCCAAGGACAGACGAACCACACAAAGAAGCGGAAGAGGCGAGGAGAGACAAGGCUGCUCGAAAUCGAGGACGCAGACGGUCGGAGGAGCCAGAGAACACCCUAUUCCAGUGCAGCUCUCGCUCCUCGCAGUCGCCUGUUCUGAGAAAAAGCACAACGAUUCGAGACGCUCUGAAACCUUUUUUCGCUGCUAUGGAAGCCGCUAUACAGGCAUGUGCGUCUGCCGAAGCCAAUGAGUCGACGCCACGACGUCUGACGUCUUCCAGUUGGCUUUCCGCUUCUCCUGUUCCUUCAUCUUCUGAGGGUCCUUUCUCCGCUUCUGGCUCUGUUGCCUCUGCUUCGCAAUUGCCUCUUGAUUUCCCCUGUGGUUUGGAGGCGACGACACGCAGCGGUCGAGUUCGAUUCUCCGCUGACGACGGUGGAGGCUUCAGAGAGGGUGCGAACAAGAGACAGUGCGACUGUGGACGGUUUCCAGAAGACGUUUCAGCUGUCCAGACACCCGGCAGGGAGCUCGGCAGGAGCAGCGGAGCCCCUCCCGGUUCGUCCAAAAGGCAGGGAAAACCUUCACCAAGACGCGAGUCUCUUUCCUUUCCUUCCGGUUGUCCCCUGUCGCAUGCAUCGGACUCGCUGUCGCAUUCAUGCGCUCAACGGCGAGUUUUUGCCACUCAGAUUUCUCCCCCGUCUUCCACGUCUCGCCCCCGCGCAGCAGUUCCGUCUUCCUCUUCUUUCUCGCGUCCUCGUCGUCCACUGCCUCCAUCCGCAUGGUCAGAGACUCAACGUUUUCCUACUUCUUCCCCGUCGUUCUCUUCUUUCGGAUCUUCCUCGAGUUUUCGUCUUUUUGACUCUCCAGGUCGGUCCCUCGCCGCAGGUCUGUGGUCUUCGCCUCGUGACUGUGCCUCCGCCGUUUCGUUCCUGGAAAGCGACCUCAGCGCGAGCUGGGGGUUCGACCGAUUCGAGGUCGCUAAGCGCUCAGGCGUCCCGCGUUGGCCUCAGGCAUCGUCGCUGCCCGGCGAUGCAGAAAUCGCGAGAAACGCGAAAGAAAUCGCAUCGAUUUGCUGGUACGCGCGCCCGGCCUGUCCUUCGCUCGCGCAUGCAGAGCCUCACGCGGCGCCCAGCUGGCUGGGGACGCUGAAGGCGGCCGACUCGUGUGCCCCCUCCCGAGUGGAGGCGCCGAAAGAGGCGGUGCAGAAGGAGGGACAUGGCAACAGACGAGGUUGCGACAGAGAGGACAGAAAGAGGAGAGAUGCCGAGGACCGACAGCGAAGAAGAGACGAGGUCGCAGAUCCGACGAAAUUCUCUGUUGGUGAAUACGAACUUCCACCGUCGUUGCAAGCUGGCGGCGGCCCCGUCGACUUUCAGACGGUCACCACUGCCGCCGAGACGCCGAGGCACGAGGAACCUACAGACAGCGAAUGCACAGACAGAGAGCGGAGAGAAGGAGACGGGAGAGGCGGCGAAGGAGGCGGGGGAGAAAGCCAAAGAGGAAGAGAAACAAAGGCAGGAGAAGACGAAGACGGAGAAAAAGGAGACGAAGAGGGAGAGCCGAGAGGACACAGCGGAAGAGAAGGAGACGAAGAAGAAAGGCGAACCGAAGAGAGAGAGACAAGAACGGACGCGGAGGGCAUGCACCCACGGGAGAAAACAGAAAACCGAUGGAGAGAGAGGGCGGCUGUGGGAAGGCGGCAAGAAAUCCAAGAGAGAAGCCAUGCGCGGCGAGGAGAGAACGCGACGAGAGACGAAACUCACCAAAGAAGAGCAACGCAGAGAGAGACGUCAGAGCCCACUCGUGAACGAGGAACAAGCGAAGACGAGCUGUGGAAGGAGGCACUCAAGGCUGCGCUGUACAGACAGAAGAGCGCCUUGGAAGAAGAAUUGAAGCAGCUCGAAGAAGAACGCCAGCAAUAUCUUCUUCAACACACACACAGUCGUUCCAGAGAUCUCCAUGGAUUUCAAGAGACCGUGCAUGUUCCUCCCUCAAACCGUUCUCCUUUGAGCCGAGACGAAAUACCCAGCGCCGGUCGACUUCGGUCUGAGUUGCCUGGCUGUAACUUCCCGUCUUCCUCUUGCCCAAUACUUCGCCCAGACGCGUCCUCCCCUCGUGAGCAGUCUGUGGAGUUUUCGCUCUCGGUUUUUCCCUCCUCUGCGUCUUCCGCUACACCUUCUGCUGUCUUCGCGCCUGGUCCUCCUUCCUGUUUCUCCUCUGCUUCCCCAUCGUCUUCUUGGGCUGCUCCUUCUCCUGGAUCUGCUGCUUCGCGUAGAGACUCCCAAGGACUCCGGGCCUCUCCCCCCUCUUCCACGGCUCUUUCGCCGCCUGCCGCGUCUUCGCUCUGCUCUUUUGCAUCUUCGUCGUGUCUCCGUUUGCCUUUGUCCAAGUCCUCAGUGUCUGCGCUUCCUCCGCUGCCGCCUCCAGCCUCGCGGAGUCCCCAGACGGCCGUUUGUCGGCCACAGGGCAACCCAAAUCGAACGCAGGAGUCGCCCAAAACCUCCAGCAUGGCGCGGUCGCUCCGUCGGGGGGGCGUCUGCACGUCCGAGGACAGCAGCGCCGGCCGUCGCAUCCACAGCGCCGCCUCCUCAGCGCGGACGUCGGCGGAUGCGAUCAGGACACCGCGGCGCUUCCCGGAACUUCUUCCAGACCAUGAGAACGACGCAGACCAACCUCGGAUCGACCGGAAGACAGACACACCUCCAAAGAAAUCCCCGUCGCCUCGGAGCACUCCUCACCACGCCGGCCGUCCUCCAGCUCCCUGUUCAGACGCGCGUUUGCCGCAGCCUCGAAGGUCGCCCAGUGCCUCGCUUCCUGCGCGUUCUCCUCCAUCUUCUUCUGCCUCUUCUUUGUCUUCGCCCAGUUCCACGUUGAGUUCCGGAGGAGCUCCUAGCACACCUGCCUUACCGAGUUCGUCUUCUUCCCUACCCACGAACCGCCAGACGACGUCUCCUCUCUCUCUCUGUCCUUCUCCUCUCUCUCUCUGUCCUCCUUACUUGCCGGCUUGGGACUCCGCUUCUUGGUUCUCGCACUCUCGCCGCGGCUGGGGCGCCUCUCAUGAGUUUUCUACGAAGAUCCUGACGACGCCCUGCAUGCUGACAAGACCUUGGCAGUCCCCUUUCGUUUCUUCGACUUCUUUUCUUGACUCUGCAACUGCGUAUCUCCCUGCCAGUCGAGAAGGUCCUCCCGGGCCAUCCGCCGCUUUCCAGUCUUUUUCUCUGCCUCCGGUCGCCUCCCAACCCCCUCCGGCAGCUCCGCUCCACGCCCACAUUCGAGCGAAAACUUCUCGAGUGUGUUCGCUUUCUUCACCUCUCCACGCCGCCUUUCUGGCCGUUCCUUCUUCAUCUUCCAAAUCCUCCUUCGCGUCUUCGCACACCGCGUCUUUCUCGUCUUCCCCAACGUCGUUCGAGCCUCCCUCUUCCUCUUCCGCUUGGCUUCGUGCCUCUGAUUCUCCAGAGUUGCAUUCUUCCUCUGCUGCCCGUUCUGUAUGUAUUUCCGGUCCUGCUUCUUCCUCCUCUCUUUCGUCUGCUUCUCCCUCCUUUCCUGCAUCUGCUUCUUCCUCCUUUCCUGCAUCUGCUUCUUCCUCCUUUCCUUCUUCUUCGUCCCUUCUGUCCUUUCAUCCUCCAGUUUCCUCUGCUGAGCCGUCGUACGAUACACACAAAGAGGAACCAGAGGCCUCGGGAGGUCAACCAGAGAGCGGCGGCCACAGUGGGGUGUCCAUACACCUCACCCCGCCUCAACUAGCCGCAGAGCGACCGCAGAACGCGGGCGUUCGCGCGCCGCCUUCUUCACCCAAGCAUGCACCAAGCGAAACGAAAGCAGGAGAGGCAAACAGGAAAGCAACCGCAGAGAACGGCGGUGACAAAGAGGGAAGAAGCAAUCGCCCGUUCGCGAGGAGUCCUGUUCCUUCACAACGCGCAGUCCAAGGAGCACCCGAGAAGCCAGGAAACCGGGAGGAUCGUGGAAACUGCAUGCAGAGACAAGGCUCGACGCCAGUUGACAUCCAGCGGGCAUCCGACAGAGAAGCGGAUGGAAGAAAGGAGGAGUCAGGAGUUCAGAGCUCUCCCUUCUGGCUUGCGUGUCAGGCAGAGAAAAAAAAAGAGAAAACGCACGCAUCGAACUCUUCCCCAGGGAGAUCCUCUCCACUUGCAGCCUGGUCGCGACUUCCGUCAGCCGUAAAGCGGCAAGCAGCUUCUCAGGCCUCUGCGAUUCUCAAAGCCUACAUAUGGAGAUGA